CCGCUUGUCUGAGACGCUGCUGCUCGGCGGCCGAUUGCUUUCCCCUGGCAGGCGGGGGAGUGCCGAGCGCAUCGCUCCGUGCCGACGGGCGCGAUGGCUCCGCAGCGGCGGGCGGCGCCGCGGGGUCCCGAGAGCGGCGGGACGGUGGCGGGGCAGGGCCGCGGGGGCCGCCGCAGCAGUGCCAAGAGGAGCCGAGGCCAGCAGGAGUCACGGUGGAGGUGGCUGAGGGCAUUGUUCCUCCUUGCCUCUGCCGCCAUCAGUGCCCUCCUGAGCUGGAGGUACCUGGGUGCUGAGGAUGGAGUCACUGAGGUGCUGGCCCAUCGCAGAGAGACCCUGCAGGACAAGUUCAUCGAGAUCCCCUGCUCCGAGGACUACGACAGCCACAAGAGAUUUGAAGGGUGCACACCUAGGAAGUGUGGAAGAGGUGUGACCGAUGCAGUGAUUACCAGGGAAGAAGCUGAAAGGAUCCGUAGAAUAGCAGAGAGGGGACUGUCCUUGGGAGGAUCUGAUGGAGGGGCCUCAAUUCUGGACUUGCACUCCGGAGCUCUUUCCCUGGGGAAGCAUUUUGUUAAUCUGUACAGGUACUUUGGAGACAAAAUUCAAGACAUCUUCACAGAAGAGGAUUUUGCAUUAUAUCGAGAUGUGAGACAGAGAAUUCAACAAAGGAUUGCUCAGGCGUUUGGUAUCAACUCUUCUUCCAUGUACCUGACUAAGCCAACUUUCUUCUCAAGAAUAAACAACACAGAAGCCAAGACAACACACGAUGAAUACUGGCACCCCCACGUUGACAAGGUAACUUACGGCUCUUUUGACUAUACUUCACUGCUCUAUCUCUCUGACUACAGUGAAGACUUUGGUGGUGGCCGAUUUGUCUUCAUGGAUGCAGGUUCCAACAAGACCGUAGAGCCCCAAGCAGGCCGGGUUUCCUUUUUCACCUCUGGAUCUGAGAACCUUCAUCGGGUGGAGAAGGUUCACUGGGGCACUCGCUAUGCCAUCACCAUCUCCUUCACUUGCGACCCAGACCAUGGCAUUGGGGAUCCAGUCUUGACGUAAUCCCUCUGGGGAUGGAACAUGAGGUCAAAUGGAAUGAGAGAAGCCCUGCAAGAGGAGAGGAAAAAGGGACAUUACAUCUCUUGUAACCUCACAUUCAAUUAGGUUUUCCCAGCUGCACUAGUAUAUUGUAAUACACUUUGUUUUCACAUGUCCGUUUUCAUAGCUAUGGCAAACUGUGCCUUAAAGAUCAUCUUAGAUAUGGUGCAUUCUGGAGAUGGUUUGUCUUCAUUUCCUAAAGGCAAAGGCUACAAAGAAGAGCUCCAGAGUGGGCUCUUUAACUUAUUUUUGAAUUCUCCAUUUUAAAGGGUAGAAAACAAUCUUCUGGACCAUGUCUUGACAUGACUCCCAUGCUGCUAUUUAAUCAUUUAGUCUCUUCAGUUACUAAGGUGACUGUAGGAAGCUUGAGCCAAGUUAAUAGAGCAAGAGGGGUGUUAUUCUUUUGAACGUACCUUCUGCUGAUGAAUGUGUUCUCCUUAGCGUGGGCAUUAGUGGGGGAUACACCUGUGCUCUGGCUACUGGGACUUACUUGAACUGUUUUAUUCCAUUACUACAAAUAUUAUUCUGCUGCAGACAGCGACUAAUUAAUACCAAGUCUGCAAUACAGUUCUCUGGUUGGCCAGGAAGCCUCUUCCUUUUGGAUUACAAAUGCUUUGUGCUAGGGAAUGUCACUGCGAUAGAUCCUUUUGAUCAGCAUUCCCAACGCAUUGCAAUUUUUUGGGGGUCUUAAUGAAAAUGAUCAGUCUCCUGGUUGGAAGCUUGGUGUUGGGAUUAUUAAAAGCUCUUUAAGGACCAGGUAACCCUGUACACGAAAUAACUGUUCAAAAGGAGAGCUGGGCAGAGGUAAUCAGAUUUGUGUGAGCAUUCCUCAUUACAGAAUUGCAGGUAGGGCAGCAGGGCCUGGAUGGGGCAGAGCUCAGAAAUGAACGUUUUUGUGGCUUGCCAUAAGCCUGUUCUGAUCUCAUUGGACUCAAUCCUGUAAACCCUGCCUUGCUGCUUGGAAGGCUGGAUAACAAAACCGUGUGAACCAGCAGGCUGUGGCAUGGUGGGGCCUGAGGGAAGCUGGUGUCCACCUACCCCUUAAAUUGAUAGAGGCUCAAGCUGGAGCUUGAUUGUAAACUAUUUUGAAUGCGUGUAUUCAUUGGGCCUAAGUGUAAUCUGAAGACCAAGCUGAAGGAAAUUCAGGUUUUAGUUGUUGACACAACUACAGCUGUUGUGUUGUGAAAUGCUGUGGUUUCUCUUGUCCAAAGCAAUGUUUUAUCCAUUUCCGAAAGUCUCUCAGUAGCUCUUUUUUGACCUUCUCUUUUUCAGUUUAGUACAAAGACUUUUUCUGUUAACUAGGACCAGUAGCCUGUGGUUUUCCUUGAAUAAUAAAUUACAAGGGCUUCGGGACGAGAGGAUGAUUGCAUUGGAGUACAGAUAAAGUAACAAAGAAAUGGGUAAUCUUGCGACCUACCUUGCUUUCCUAUUACAAGCUAAGAUCGUACAGCGCAGCACAUUGAUAAGUAAAUGGUAGGAAAACCUAACUUUGUCUCAGUGGAGUUCUGAAGCAGAGCUGUUGAUUGGUUUCAUUAAUAGUCUCUAUCAUUUCUGUGAAGCAACUUGAAAAUCUGUGCUUUGGGUAACUUUUUUUAUGCAUACAGUUUUUUCUUUUUUAAUCUACCUUUUCAUGAAAAUAGUAAAUCUGGGGGGGAUUACAUUGAAGAUCAAUAUAAGGAGGACUGAUGAUAGGACGCUUGGACUUGUUCUCCUGGGAGUGUUCUCAUUUGGUACACCAGCAAGAUUAGACUGCUGUAAUUUCAUUUCUUUGUUCUCAAACCUGAAAAUGGCUUCCUUGUCUGUGCUGACGAGGAAUAAUUGUUAAAAUAGCUGGAUGAUGGAAAUAAUAAAGUAUGUUGGGUUCCAUAUCUAAA